GCCGCCUCGGACUUCAACCCGUGAUGGCGCGUUCCUUGUGAAACCCCGGAAGUUGAUAGAUAGUGAUGACGAUAGGCGACUGAUUUUCUUACUGCCUCGCAGUUUUUCCGUUACUUAACCCCAACGAGAACAACUACUUCCAACUUCCAUCAGGACACACAAAAACCAGGCCAAGGACUUUCUUAGUUGGUCGUGCGGGCCCGUCUUUCACCCUUCAACUUCAACUUCGACUGGAGUACAGUCCGUCCAAAGGCACCAUCAAUACACUCCCUCCGAAAAAAAGAGAAAACAAUGCGCCUAAUAAACACCACCACCCUCUCCCUAACCUCCUUCCUCCUCCCCGUCUCCCUCCUCCCUCCCUACGCCAUCCUCUCGCACACAUGGUCCCCUUCGCCCGACGACGAAGUCACCUUUCAAGAAUUCAUUUCGUUACCGUCUCACGAACUCGAAAAGAAAAAGGAAAAAGGGUAUGCGAAAAUCAAGCAAACAUGUCAUCGCGCGAAAAAAUCGGGGAUCGAAUGGGCGUGGGUGGAUACGUGCUGUAUCGACAAGAGUAGCUCGGCGGAGCUGACGGAGGCGAUUAAUAGUAUGUGGGGGUGGUAUCGGGGGGCGACGGUUUGUUUUGCGGUGUUGGAGGAUUUGGAGCCCGUACCCAAGGGGGUAGGACAAGAGCAUGGGCAUGAUGGGCAAGGGCAAGGGCAUGGGCAAAAGCGAAAUGGGAAUGGACAAGGACAGAAUGGGAAUGGCACGGGGGGGAAAGGGUGGAAGGAAAAGGAAGGGGGGAGUAAUGUGGGAAGUUCACGCAGCAACGUAUCUGCAGCUACUACUGGGUCGGGGACAGGGACAGGGACGGGGUCAGCGACAUCAUCACACUCCCAAGCUGGAAGAAUGGACCACCUAAGCCAUGAUGAAAAGGUUUCUCGAUUCAAAUCAUGUCGCUGGUUUACCAGAGGAUGGACCUUACAAGAGCUCAUUGCCCCGAGCCGCAUGGGGUUCUACAACAGCAAAUGGGAAUUCGUCGGCGAGAAGUCCACCCUCAAGCAUGUCCUCGCCGAAAUCACGCAAAUCAACGAGUCCGUCCUCGAAAACAGCGCCCUGCUCCCGACCACCCCCGUCGCGCAGCGCAUGUCCUGGGCUUCUUCGCGGGUGACCACCCGCCCCGAGGACAUGGCGUAUUGUUUACUGGGUAUCUUUGAUGUGCAAAUCCCGUUGCUGUACGGGGAAGGCGAAAAGGCGUUUAUCAGGCUGCAGGAGGAGAUUGUCAAGGAGACCAACGAUUUUAGUCUGUUUGCGUGGAAGACUGACAAUAAGUCGGGGAUGCAGCAUCAGAAGCACUGGGGCAUAUUGGCGCCGAGCCCGAAAGAGUUUGCGACGUGUAGGGAUAUCGUCAACUGGGGAAAUACCUUGUAUAACGCCGAAUGUCUGAUUACGAGCAAAGGAUUGCGAUUUACGCCGGCGUCGGGAGAUGGGUUGCGGAGCGGGAGUUCCCGGUUUAAGGAGACCGAGGGGAUGUAUAUCCUUGACCUGGGGUGUUAUCACCGGAGUGAAAAGGGCAUGGCGAUUGGCGUGUUUCUGCAGCAGCAUGGCGCGGAUCUGUACUGUCGCGUCAUGCCCGAGAGCUUGCCCAUGUGGCCGACGGGGCCCGGGCAACAGCCCCAGUUGCGCAAGAGUAGGGUGUUUUAUAUCGCCAAGACGGUGUCGCCGGUGAGGUCGACGAUGAUGGGCACGAGUCAUCGGUGGGCAUUUAACCUGUGGCAGGUGUUCAGAGCAAUGGCCGAGAUCAAUUUCCGCCCACAGCACAGCCAGUUCCAACCGGAGGAAAGUUGGGACGGGGAGCGCAAGCUGUUCUUGAGUCAGGGAUCGAGGCACUUUGAAUGUUGUGCGGUAUUCGUGACGACGAGGAAGGAUGGCUUGGGGGCCUCAAGGAUUUUGGUCCGAUGCCGGCUUUAUCUCGUUCACGGCGGCGAGGAAGAGGCGCAGGCGUCGGUCAAGGUGGAAUUUGACCCGCCUACCGAAGGGAAAACGGACAGUGAUGGGUUUGUGAGAUGUAGGGGGAGGGUCGUAAGGGACAUCUAUGAGGGUCAGCGGGUGUUUAAAGUCGAAGUCGAGGCAACGACGAGCAAGAGUACAUGUAAGUGUUGACGCCAAAUGGCGAGGGGUCACUAGAUGAGGCAGCAAGAGAAGGUAGCGGUGGCCGCGGUGGAAGGAAAGAAAAUGUGUUUUAAUUCGGUAGCGUCAAAUAUUAUGUCGAGUAGACGCUGGGGAACGAGGUGGUGGCGGUGGUUUGGUUUGUUUACUUUGGGAAAUUGAAGAUGGAGUUGUUCCCUGGAUGGGAUGACAAAGGGACGAAGACGGGACAGUGGGGAGGUACGUAGAAUUAGUGCUUAUUGUUAGUGAAACCCCCUACAGUGGUCGAGUCAACAACGGGCGGUACUUCCAG